AAGGAAGAAAUAGAUCAGAGCAAAAUUCAACUACUCAGCUCCACGUUGGAGUUACGGUAACAAUCGUAGGUGUUUCCAGAAUCAUCUCGACACUCUUUUUUCUUCUUCCUUCAGCAGUCGAUCACCGCAAAAACUCAAAAUCAACAGGUAACAAAACAAAUGUUCGGCGUCGUGUUCCCCAAUCGAAGCUUCCCAAUCGACAUCUCAACCUUCACCCAAAUCGACACUUUCCACUGGGUUCUCGACAUGAACCACUUCGUCGGCGAAGCAUUCGAUCAAAUCGGAGAGAUGUGUAUCUUCCUCCUCAACAACUUCACCCUCCCACCUGACAAAGCCUUAGCCGUCUACGUCCAGUCUCCCGGUUCCGCGUUCGCUUUCUGCGGCGCCGUAACCCUAGCUCGACCCUCUGCGGUCUUGUCUCUCCAGUGGCCGGAGGCGGGGAGCGCGGCUCAGAUGCAGCUCACGGCGGGGGAUUCCGCUCCUUUAUCGGCCAAAAUCGGUAUCUCGGUGGAGGAUGCGGCGGCGCUUCCGUCGUUGGACGUGGCGGCGGAGAGGAAGAUCGAGCGGUUAGCGAUGAAGGUCGGGGAGAAUCUGUUCAACUUCAUGCAGUCGUUUUGCGGCGUGGACGGGAGCAAGUUGGUUGUUCCGAUGGAUAUAUUGGAUCGGUGGUUUAAGAAGUUUCAGGAGAGAGCUAAACGCGAUCCUGGGUUUCUCAAAAGCUUCGCUUUGUAAUGUUUGUAAACCUCAAAUGUUGGGCGACAUUUGAUUGUGUGUUCUAGUCCUGGGCGUUCGGUGUACCAUUCGGGUUCGGGUCGGGUGAAACGGGUUAUCGGUUUUUCGGAUGUGGGGAUUGAAACACCAUUCGGUAUAUUUGAUUUUUCGGUACGGUA